AUGAAACGGGAGAAGAAGGCACAUCAAUUAACCAGUCACUUUCUUUAUCAAGUUGCCGUAACCCCCUGACCAUUUGUAUACCACUCGUGGUGUCACUUCUACGGCUUAGAAUUGGACCAUUUCUAAUUUAUUUAACUCUAUAAAAAUAAAAGAACUAUAUAUAAAUAUAAUAACAUAUACAUUGGAGUAAAACUUACUUUUAUACUAGAGAUCAUCUACUUUUAAGGGAGAGAAUAUAGAGUUAAGUUGAAAAUCUCAUGAGAUUUCUAGUUUGCUAAAACAACAAAUGCAUGGCUAAUAUUGAUGCUUAACCACAAAAGAAAAUUUGUGUAGAAAGAAAAACUGAGUUGAGUAAUCGAUGUCCCUUAGUCAAACUACAAGUAAUAUAAUCAUUUAAAACUUUCAUCCUUUUAUCAACGGUCGGCUCAUAUGAAAUAACUUGUUGAAUAUGAUGCUAUGUUGCACUUUGAUCUGUUGUUUGAAGCAAUCUAUUUGGCUUAAACAUACCAAACAAAUAAGAUUCAUAUCAUCAUCAUCCAACAUCUACCUAACCAUCAACAAAAUCAUUAACAUCAUAAAUAUAAGUUUUGAAUGGUAGCAUAAAACCAUUAUCAUAAACAGACGAUUGAUUCCAUAAUCAUAAAUAGUCAUAACAAAAAAAAAAAAAAAUCAUAAAUAGAAAUAAUAUACAAAGCUUGAACAUCCAACUAAUUGUGUUUCAAUCACUAGCAUAUCAAUGAUACCUGAAAGAAUUUCAUAUUCAUUUUCUGCAUUCACUAUAGAAUCUAAUUUGGCAUUAAUUUGGUUUUAUACUUUGUUGCAACAUGGCAUUCCUAUAAAAAAACAAAAGGUUAAUAUACAUCAAUAUCAUAGCAAUAUAAUCUAACUUUCAUACACUAAGACAUUAACCUAUGUUUCCGAAAAGUGUUUCAUUUGAUCAAAACAUACUAAUAUAUAAAGCAAACUCAACUCAAAAUACACUUAAUAUUUAUUUGGUGAAAUAUAUAAUUUAUAGUUAUAGAGUCCAAUUUCCCAAAAUCUAAAGUAAAAUUAGCUUCUUUAUUUGCAUAUUUUGUUUGAAGUAUUUUACAAAUUUGUGUAGCGAAUUUGACAUAAUUGGUUGGUUAUUAUAGAUGUUUUUACCCUAAACAAACUUUAUCGGAGAGUUUUCAUUAGAAUUUCUAAUCUAAUUGGUUGAUUAUUAAAUGGUGGUAUAGCUUAGAAAACUCAAAAUCUAUAUAUUUAAGAGAUCUAUGAUUUAAAAAAUAUUUUAUUAUUCCAAUAGGUCAUAAUCAUUAAUAAUGUAAAUUCGUAAAAUGAGCAGCUAAUUUUCUUAUAAAGAAAAAAAUGGCUGGUCCCAAAAAAGUUCUAAAAGUCUUUGCACCCCACUGUCUUUUCCCAUUUGGAAUGUCAAGUUUUGAAAAUACAGCAUGCGAAGUGAUCAAUCAUUGCGCUCCCAAAAAUGAGUAACAGAGAACAAAGAAGCUUCACAAUAACUAAAACAGCGGAGAUGCCAUAUCCGACAAUACUUACUUCACUUCUCCUUCUCCUUCACUUCACUUUCGUAGCUUGCACCAUACCCCUCGGCUCUGUUCUUUACGCAACCGGUUCAAACCAGUCUUCUUGGUCGUCUCCCAGCUCCACUUUCUCCGUCUCCUUCGUUCCAUCGUCUCCCCCUGGCUCGUUCCUCGCCGCCGUAUCUUUCGCCGGCAACGUUACCGUAUGGUCUGCAGGAAGCGUUGACUCCCGAGGCUCCCUUCGUCUCUUACCCUCCGGCUCCCUCCGCCUCAUCAGCGGCUCCAACACCACCGUCUGGGACUCCGGAACGGAUGGUGUCGGCGUCGUUUCCGCGACGAUUGAUGACUCCGGUGAACUUCGUCUCCUCAACAACCGAAGCAUCACUGUCUGGUCAUCCUUUGAUCACCCGACAGACACUGUCGUGCAGUCGCAGAACUUCACCGCCGGUAUGGUUCUGCGAUCUGGUAACUACUCGUUUCAGUUAGAGAGGAGAGGGAACCUCACACUUAAAUGGAACAAUAGUACGACUUACUGGAGCCAAGGGCUAAAUUCGUCUUUAAACAUGAGCUUAUCGUCAUUAAGUUUACAUGCUAACGGACUUCUGCUGAUCUUUGACUCCACUCAUAAUGGCGGAGCUGAGAUCGUUUACAGUGUAGAUUACGGUGAAGGUAGUAGCAAUAAUUUUAUGUUCUUGAAGCUAGACGAUGACGGAAAUUUGAGAAUCUACAGUUCCGCGAGUAGGGACAAUGGCCCUAUGACGAGUCGCUGGUCAGCUGUUGCUGACCAGUGUCUCGUCUAUGGGUACUGUGGGAAUUUUGGGAUUUGUACCCACAAGGAUACAAAUCCGGUUUGCUUGUGUCCGUCUCUUAACUUUGAUCAUGUUGAUGAAAAUGAUAAAAGAAAAGGCUGCAAGAGAAAGGUAGAGUUGAGUGAUUGCUUUGACAACGCAACCAUGGUUGAUUUGGAUCACACCAGGUUGAUUACAGACCCAGCUGACCCUAACUCGGAGGUUGGUAGUUCGUCUUGUGGAUCGAAUUGUCUCCUUAGCAGCACUUGUCUUGCUUCUGUCUCAUUGUCUGAUGGGUCAGGAAACUGUUGGCAGAAGCAAAGCGGUGGUUCCUUCAUCACCGGGUACGAGAGCCCAUUAGUUACGACUACUUCUUAUGUUAAAGUGUGCGGUCCAGUGUUGCGUAAUGGACCUUUGGUUGCAACAAAAGGUGACCGUAAAACCUCAAAGUUAAAACUCAUACUCGGAGUCUCAGCAGCUUCAGUUGUGAUGAUCAUUAUCAUUGUCGCGGUGAUAGUAAGAGCAAAGAAAGCGAGAAAGAGUGAUUGGAAUAGCGAAAACAUUGAAGAGAUUGUAAUGUUGAAACAUUAUAGUUACGCAAGAGUCAAGAGGAUGACAAACUCAUUUGCAAAUGCCCUCGGGAAAGGAGGAUUUGGAACUGUCUAUAAAGGGAAGUUACCGGAUGGAAACCAAGAUGUUGCAGUAAAGAUCCUGAAGGAGUCAAAGGGGAACGGAGAAGAGUUCAUUAAUGAAGUAGCUAGCAUGAGUAGAACCUCUCAUGUUAAUAUUGUUUCCUUGCUUGGAUUCUGUUACGAAGGAAACAAGAGAGCUAUAAUCUACGAGUUCAUGCCAAAUGGAUCCCUGGACAAGUUUAUUUCCGAGCAUAUGUCAACAAAGAUGGAUUGGGAGAAGCUAUAUAAUAUUGCGUUAGGUAUCUCUCGCGGCCUAGAGUAUUUGCACAAUCGUUGUGUGUCAAGGAUUGUGCAUUUCGACAUAAAGCCACAAAAUAUACUCAUGGACAAAGACCUUUGUCCCAAAAUUUCAGAUUUUGGUCUUGCUAAGCUUUGCAAAAAUAAAGAGAGCAUCAUAUCAAUGCUUGAUGCGAGAGGGACAGCAGGAUACAUUGCCCCUGAAGUGUUUUCGAAGAAUUUUGGAGUAGUCUCGCAUAAGUCUGAUGUGUAUAGUUAUGGGAUGGUGGUUCUUGAGAUGAUUGGAGCAAGGAAUAUAGAAACCGUCCAACACUCUGGAUCCAACAAUAGUUCAAUGUACUUUCCAGAUUGGAUCUAUAAGGAUUUUGAGAGGGAACAAAUCAUGAAGAUUUUUGGAGAUCAUUUAAGCGAAGAAGAAGAGAAAAUUGCAAGGAAAAUGGUAUUGGUUGGUCUAUGGUGCAUUCAGACCAAUCCAACUCGUCGUCCAGCAAUGAUCAAAGUCAUUGAAAUGCUAGAGGGGAGUCUAGAGGCUCUUGAGGUACCACCUAAGCAUCUCUUGUGUUUAACCGCAACAAGGGUUCCAGAAACUAUUGAAGAUAGUAAUAAUGAGACUUCAAGCUUCUCUUACCCAAGUCAGUUUGAAAGAGGCACCCUCUCUGGUGAAGAUACUUUACGCAUUUCCGCAUAAUAUAUAGUUCAAUGUACUAGCUCUUAAAUUAAAGUCAACAAAGAGACCGGAUCUCGUACAACUUGUCGAGAUCUUGGGAUCUUUGUGUUGGUUGUUUUUAUAAAUUUUACGAUUUCAUGGUGUUAGUUACAUGCUUAUGAGAUAUAUGUUUUUAUGAAGACGCCUAAAAAUAGUUGGUUAACAACAUAGACUACUUACUGGUGUUUUUUUUGGAAA